AUGGACUACAAGUUCGGCGAUGUCUCCAAGGAGGCCGCUAAGCGUGCAAAGACCGCUGUGGCUACCCUUCUGGGUAAAGAGGAGUACCAGUUCGGGGAUGUGACGAAAGCCGCAGUCAACAAAGCCAUGGACGCGAUCAACGACUGGACUGGCAAGGAGGAGUACAAGUUUGGGGACAUCACCAAGACCCUCCUGCGAAAGACGUUGAAUUAUCUCGAGAAGGAUGACUGA